UCUGUCAACCUGCAUAGAACAAACCAGACAAACACGACAUAGAACAAAACAGUUUGAUUUUGUCUUGCAUGUCUGUGUCACACCUUGAAACUCUCUAUACCUUGUCAAAUUUCACCGAAGCGGUUUGUGUGCUGGAUUGCUUUGUUAAUAGUUAUUGUGGAACAGAGAAUUUCAGAUUUUUAGCGUACAUAAAAUCACCGAAAUUGGAAUAAAACGAGAUAAGAUUGCUUAACGACAGUACUAGGCAUUGAAAUUGUCGAUGGAGUGACAGUUCUGCACGACAAUUGGCAGAGCACCUUUCGAACAGUGUCGUGUUUGUCUGGUUUGUUUGGCUGUUCACAGCGCGCUGCCUUACACAUCCAAUCAAAGAACCCUUCUUUUUACACGGAUCCGCUCUCAAAAUUGUCAAAUUUCGGAGAAAAAAAUCGUAGCGAUCAUUUUUUUCCUAAACUUUUACCGAAACUACACGUCAACGGACCAAAAUGGUCCGUUCGUCACGCUCUCUGCACACCGGGUACGCUCGCCAUAGUGAGAUGCUCUCUCAUUGUCAUUUGGGCGAUAUAUUAAUUUUGUUAGUUGGGUCAACGCUAUGGUUUGAAAUAAAACGCAACUGUCAGUACUGUCAGAUUGACAAUUUCAACAUGCCAAGCGUAAAUUAACGCACGAACGGCGACGCUGUGCCGCGUACACGAAUUGUUUACCUAUAGUUUUAUUUGUGAAAUUUGGUUUAUUGAUGUGCUGUUCAAACCGUUCCGUUAAUACCAAGUGCUAAAAUGAUGGGAAAAUUGGGAGAGAAAAUUGAGGAUUAUACCGUAUAUGAGGUUCUAGGUAAAGGUGGAUUUGGAUGUGUGUAUAGAGCGAGAUGUUUGUUAACAGGGUGUUUUGUUGCGAUCAAAAUGAUCAACAAACAAAAGAUGCACUCGUCAGGAAUGGCUAUCCGGGUUCGGCAAGAAGUAGCAAUACACUCGAAACUAAAACAUGCUUCUAUUUUAGAGUUAUACACAUUUUUCGAAGACUUUGAUCACGUUUAUUUGGUAUUGGAAUUAGCAGAAAACGGAGAAUUGCAGCGUUAUCUACGUGAACGGAACAAACCUUUCAGUGAACAUGAAGCCGCAUUGGUUUUUCGUAGUGUGGUUGACGGAUUGCUAUAUUUGCAUGCACUAAACAUAUUGCACCGUGAUAUAUCGCUAUCCAAUUUGUUAAUAACAAAAGACAUGGGAAUCAAAAUUGCUGAUUUCGGGCUUGCAACUGAACUAAUGCAGCCCGAUGAAAAGCAUCAUACAUUGUGCGGUACUCCGAACUACAUUUCACCAGAAGUAGCCUUACGCACAUCACACGGUUUGCCGGCCGACGUAUGGGGCUUAGGAUGUAUGUUGUACACCUUACUAGUGGGGAAACCCCCCUUCGACACUGAUGGAAUCAAGUCAACGUUGGCGAGAGUGGUAACGUCUGACUAUAACUUACCAGCCCACCUAUCUUCCGACGUGAGCGAUCUAAUUGAACGAUUGCUCAAGAAAAAUCCCAUUGAACGGAUCAAGCUAGAAGAAGUGCUUAGUCAUCCUUUUCUUACCCGUUACGAUCUGGGAUCCAAAAUGUACGCUUCAAACAGCAUAAAUCAAAAAUUCACGUGCAGUACAGACAGCGGCAUGGGCACAAUAUCUAGUACUAUCGGAUCUAGCAAAUCGGAUUUUUUCAAAAUGUCCUGUAGCAACACAUUAAGCAGCAGCAGAUACAAUGACCGUCCAAACGAUAUUCAAAAGUACGAGCAAAACACACUAAAUCUACGAUAUCUGGCAAACGUAAAAGAUAAUGAAAUGGCAAGCAUGGAUUCGCGUCAGUUUCUAGCAGAACCAAACAUUUCAUUCCUGCAAAAGUUUAAUAGUAUGGAGCUGUUGGAAAAAUAUAAUAUCACUUGUAAAAAAGUUGCCGGACAGGAAAAAAGUAUGCAUAUGUUAAGCUCAUCUAAGGCAUCAACUAACAAAACUGGAACACAAUCAACAAAUACGCCAAGCAGAAACGACAAUCAUCCAUUUGCUACUCCGUUACGAGUUCCGCAACAUGGCUAUAUGUUUCACGCAAAAGAAACCAUAAAACAUCUGCAGAAUGAUUCAUACGGCAAGGAAAAUAAUACACCUAGAUGCUUAAAAAAUCUUUCUCAAAAAAACAUUCGCUUGCCACCUCGGUUCGACACGUUGCGAUUGUUACCGACAAGACAUCGAACAAAGUUUCUAAUUCUAUCUAUUGUCGCCGAAUGUGGCGAGGUUGUGCUAGAAUUUCUCAAAUCUAAAGGACGACAGCAAGAAGAUCGUGUUGUGGACGUAUGUCGCAUAUCUGGCGACGGAAUUAGAUUUAUGCUGUACCAGCCAGAUGGUAGUCGAGGUGUGCCGAUUAAAAAUGAACCUCCAGAUUUGCCAUCAGGUGGGGUGGAUUGUAUAUACAACUAUGAAGAUAUUCCUGAAAAGCAUUGGAAGAAAUAUGUGUACGCUGCUAGAUUCGUGAACAUGGUUAAAGCAAAAACACCCAAAAUUACGUUGUACAGUGACAAAGGAAAAUGUCAGCUGAUGGAAACCAUGCGAGACUAUGAAGUUAUCUUUUACGACGAUACCAAAAUAACCCUAAGCUCAGCAAACGAUGAGAUCAAAAUGAUCGAUGGAAGCGGCAAGGUUUAUCGAGGAUUGUCAACUAUAACAGCGGCAGAUAUCGAAAAGCUUAAUCAUUUUCAGGAUUCGCACGAACACUGUUUAAGGAUUGAAAAACUGCUUUCAACCGUAGCACAUAGCGGGAAAACGUUCCCCGCAAUUAUUGGAAGACGUCCAGCCGGCAUCGAUAACAACAUUUCGGCGAGGAAAGAUAUGUCUAAGUAUCGAUUUUAUUCGCUGAAUGAACAUACAUAAUACAGAAUAGUCCGGUGUAAAAUGUAAUUGACUUGCAUAUCCGAGACUACACGAAAAACAACA